AUGAGGCGCACUGCCCCCUCCUUCUCCUUUGGAAGCAGCACCAGAUCGCAGAUGUCGAAAGCGUUCAUUUCGCGCGAGCAUGCUAAGGUGACGGGGAAUCCGACGACGCCAGGGCCAGUGUACAGCGUGCAGUCUUCAGUCGGCACGCAGCCCGAGGCUCGCUCUCGCACCGCACCGGCGACGCAGUUUGGAACGUCCAAACGCUUCCCUUCCGCCAAGAGGUGCUCGACGCCAGGGCCGGGCACGUAUCCUGCACACGCCACGUUUGGGCGGCAGUCAGUCUCUUCCUGGCAGUCGCCAGCAACGUACGGUUUUGGCAGCAUGCCGCGCGAGGAUGGGGAGAAGGUGUACGUCUCGGAGGAGAUGGCACGGAUGAAGGCUGGCGCAGAGUCGCCGCCUGCCAAGUACAGCCUCCCCGGCUCGUUCGGGUCGCAGCAGCACUCUCGUAAGUGCUCCGCUCCGGGGUACCGCCUUGGAACGUCGCAGCGCUUCCCGCCUGCCCGACAGCACAGCGCGCCAGGCCCAAUCUACAAGCCAGUCGUGUGCGCCGUCGGACGCCAGUUUCUCUCGCCGCACUCCUCUCCGCCGGCCUUCGGCUUCGGCACAUCGAGCCGCGAGAACCAGCAGCGGCGGUAUCUCUCGCGCGAACACGCCCUGGCGGCGAGUAGGGGUCGCGAUUCGCCUGCUCCAGCGAGCUACAAGCUCCAGGACGGCGUGGGCAAGCAGGUCCUGUCUCGCAACGCCUCGGGCGCGUCGUUCUCCUUCUCAUCGAGCAGUGGCCGGUGGACGCCCGCGACCAAGGCGGCCGCUGACGUACCCGGGCCGGGCGCGUACCUUGUGUGA